AAUAGAGCGCGGUACCGUACGACGAGUUACGUUGCGAGUAUCCGAGUAUCGGUGGUUCCCGCAGUUUUUUCCGACGAUGCAUUGGUGAUAGCGACGUUCUCGGCACCAGUGACCGCGCCACCAGAACGCCCCAGGAUCGUUUUCUAGGUACGAAAUAACGAUGAGACUCGCCGUGUGUGUCGUUUUCACGCUGGUGCUUGGCGUAUCAGCCAUAAUACAUGUCCCGGAUGAUGUAGAAGUUCAAUCGCCGCCACGAAUAUCUAAACAACCGCCAACGGAUGAGCAGCUAUUUCAAGUGGUUCAAGCAAAAGUCAACGAGAAUGAUAAACCAUUCCUAAUUGAAUGUGAAGCGGAAGGAGAGCCAGUUCCAACAUACCGUUGGAUUAAAAAUGGAAAAAACUUCGAAUGGCCGGCGUACGAUGAUCGCAUUUCUCAACAGCCGGGUAGAGGUACCCUGGUAAUCUCAAGACCGAGAGAUGAAGAUCUAGGACAAUACCAGUGUUUCGCUGAGAAUGAAUGGGGCAUAGCAACAUCAAACUCAGUGUUCGUUCGAAAGGCCGAAUUAAAUUCGUUCAAAGAUGAAAACCCGUUAACUUUGAAUGCGAACGAGGGUUCCCCGUUCAAGCUUACCUGCCAACCACCCGAUGGCUGGCCUAAGCCAAACGUUUAUUGGUUAAUUCAGGAUAUCGCUGGUGGUAUUAAAUCAAUUAAUAAUUCGAGGAUGACUCUGGAUCCAGAGGGUAAUCUUUGGUUCAGCAACGUCACAAGAAACGACGCUUCAGAUGACUUUUACUAUGCCUGUGCCGCCACGUCUGUGUUCAGAAACGAAUACAAAUUAGGCAAUAAGGUUUUGUUAAACGUAAUUUCUACAGGUGCGUCUGCCGGUCAAAAUAAACAUCCUCCCGAAAGACAAUAUGUCACUAGGAAAAACGAGGUAGCACUGCGCGGCAAGAAGGUAGAGCUGUACUGCAUAUACGGAGGAACGCCUUUACCACAGAUAGUUUGGAGCAAGAAUGGUCAAUUGAUCAGACCGAGCGACAGAAUAAUUCAAGGAAAUUACGGCAAGUCUCUCAUUAUAAAACAUGUAAAUUUCGAGGACGAAGGACAGUACACUUGUGAGGCGUCAAACGGAGUUGGAGCAGCCCAGUCAUAUUCCAUAAAUUUGCAAGUAAUGGCCGUGCCAUAUUUCACCAUUGAGCCAGAAUUCGUCAACGCCGCAGAGGACGAGACUGUGACGAUCACAUGCGAAGCUAGCGGAGUGCCUGUUCCCGAGAUCAAGUGGAUCCACAACGGCAAACCGAUAUCCGAAGCGCCGCCAAAUAGCAGAAGAAAAGUCACACCGAACUCCAUUAUAAUAGAGAAGCUGAUAAAAAACGACACAGGCAAUUAUGGAUGCAAUGCUACCAAUUCGUUGGGAUAUGUUUACAAGGAUGUAUACGUGAACGUGUUGGCGCUUUAUCCAGAUAUCACACAACCGCCUUCGAACUUGAGCACGGUCGAUGGCAAAACUGUUCGGAUUACGUGCCGCAUUUUCGGCGCUCCUAAGCCCGAGAUCAAAUGGAUCAAGAACGGACAAGAAUUGACCGGAGGUCGUUACAGAACUUUGAAUACAGGCGAUUUAGAAAUCGAGAAUGUGAUAUUCUUAGAUGCUGGUACUUACACGUGUCAUGGCUCCAACAAAUUCGGCGAGGUGAAUGCAUCCGCCACCUUAGUAGUGAAAGAACAUACCAGAAUAACGGAUCAGCCAGAAGAUUAUGAAGUUGCUGCGGGCUCCACUGCCACAUUCAGAUGUAAUGCUGUUACCGAUCCUAGUCUAGCUCUGACUAUAGACUGGUUGAGCAACGGCGAACCAAUAGACUUCGAGAUGGAACCGAGAUUUGUACGAAGUACCGAUUAUUCUCUGAUGAUAACAAAAACGACCGAAUUGGAUUCCGGUACUUACACAUGCGUCGCUCGCACCGAACUCGACGAGGCAAGAGCGCAAGCGACACUGAUAGUUCAGGAUGUACCUAAUGCACCAAGUUUAAUCAGCAUCAAAUGCGAGUCUACCAGGGCCUUUGUUCACUGGACACCUAUGGGAGAUAACAGAUCUCCCAUUCUACGUUACACAAUUCAACACAACACCAGCUUUACGCCGGAUACCUGGGAGAUAUCCAAAGAUUAUGUCCCAGCUACUGACCAAACGUAUGAAGUGCCUAUGUCACCCUGGGCUAAUUAUACAUUCCGCGUUCUUGCAUGGAAUAAGAUAGGCACAUCUCUGCCGUCAUCAUUUAGCGAGGUUUGUACCACUUUACCGGAUGUCCCUUACACAAAUCCAGAUAAUGUCAUGGGUAAGGGCACCACACCGCAAAAUUUGGUUAUUUCGUGGACAAUCAUGCCGCAGAUAGAACACAAUGCCCCUAGAUUUAUGUACAGGGUAUAUUAUAAGAGAGACAUACCAGGCGAGAAGUGGAUCAUACAGGAUAUAAAUGAUUGGAAGAAGAAUAUUCUGGUAGUCGAGAAUCAGCCUACUUAUCAGAGAUACAAAAUUAAAGUUGUCGCCAUAAAUGAGAGGGGAGAAAGUACAGCUCCGGCUGAUGAAGUUAUCGGAUACUCUGGAGAAGAUGUCAGUUCUAACAACAAAAACACAAAUCAUAUGAUGUCAUUAAUCACUCUCGGAGUGCUUUUACUGCAAUCGAAAACCUACUUCAUCGAGCAGAAGACAAGAAUAUCUCAACGACCCGAUGUUCCACAGUUUACAUGGGAAACAGUACCAGAGAAUGGAUUUUCGAAUGUAAGAGUUAUUUGGCUACCGAAUCUGAAUGGUAAUCCAGGAAGCCAUUUCUUCGUCAAAUAUAAACUAAAAGGCGAAACGAUAUCUUUGAUGACGGAUCCCGAAUUCCAGUCGAAUACUCUCGAGAUUCGUGGUCUUCAAAGUGGUGAAGUCUAUGUGAUGUCGGUUGUUGCUGUCGAUGGAGAUUUUAUGACCGAGAGUGCUCCUCAAGAAGUAGAGACGAGUAGCGAAGGACCUAUUAUUCAACCGAAAGAAAAUGUCGCGACAGCUGGCUGGUUCAUAGGAAUGAUGCUGGCGAUCGCCAUUCUCCUCUUAGUGUUGAUAAUUGUUUGCGUGAUUAAACGAAAUAGGGGCGGAAAAUAUGCAGUGCACGAACGAGAAUUAGCUGCUGGACGCGGAGAUUAUCCUGAUGAGGGUGGAUUCCAUGAGUAUUCACAACCAUUAGAUACCAAAUCGGCCGGUGGACGUGCAUCCUUGGCGUCAUCUUCGCAUCAGGAUGGUAAACAUCCUGAGUCCGAUACCGAUUCUAUGGCAGAAUAUGGUGAUGGUGAUACAGGGCGUUUCACGGAGGAUGGUUCCUUUAUCGGACAAUACGGACCUAAAGGUAGACCAGAGGAGACACCACCCAUUCCGACUGGUACUAUGGCCACUUAUUUAAGCAUUCUUCCAUCGAGCGGAACAACGAUGCAAGCGCAUGAUGUAGCGAAUUUACGACACGGAAGUAAAAUUCAAUUGUCGAAGGAUGGGCAAGAUAUGAAGGAUGGGAGAGAGAGAAAACACAAGAAAUGAGAUCAAGAUGAGCGAGAUGGCAAGAAACCGGCGCGAUUGGAUGAAAGAGGUUAAAAAACUGGUUCCCUUCAUCAAAAUUUGUUUUCAUUUUUUUUUUAUUAAUUUGAUUUUCGAUUUCCGCGUAUUUAUAUAUAUGCACAAUAAAAUCAGUUACGAUUUCUUAAUAACGAUUAUGUGAUUAUAAAUUAGAAAUUAAAAGGAAUUGAUUUUUGAUUUACGACAAAUGAAAAAAUCUGCAAGUGCAAAUAGCUAUGAGAAUAGAUGAUUUUGAUAAAAAUAAAAAUAAUAAAAUUUCAGUAUUUGAUUUUUUUUAAAUGAGCUAUAUAGUUACAAGUUGAAAACAGAAAGGAAUUAAUGCUCGAUUCGUGGCAAAUAAAAAAAAUCUAAUCUUAAAUAGUUAUGACAGAUAUAAGCACGACAUGAAUAUAUUUGAUUUAAUUAAUUGUAAGAAAGAAAAAA